AUGUCUGAAAUGAAUGAAUGGAUUAAUUGGAUUGAAGAAGAAGUUGUAUCCAAGAAACAUAUUAAACAUUAUGAGUAUAAAUAUUUUAGUAAUAUUCAAGAAAUUGGUAUUAGUAGUUUUGGAAAAGUUUAUCGUUCAAGUUGGAAAAAUUCGGAUCAAUAUGUUGCUUUAAAAUCUCUUCUUAAGUUUGAUAAUAUUAUCAUUAAAGAACUUGUUCAUGAGCUUGAAUUUCAACGUGAAGUUGCUUUCCAUAAUAAUAUUAUUAGCUUUUAUGGGAUUACUACUUCAGAUCAAGAAAACCAAAAUGAUAAAAAAUAUUUAUUAGUUAUGGAAUACGCUGAUGGUGGUUCCCUCAAAAAUUAUUUAAAAGAAAAUUUUAAUAAUCUUACUUGGAUAGAUAAAUAUAAACUAGCGUAUCAGUUGGCUUGUGCUAUAGCAUUUUUACAAGAUGAAGGGAUUGUACAUCACGAUUUGCAUUCCAAUAAUGUAUUAGUUCAUCAGGGUACAAUCAAAUUGACCGAUUUUGGAUUAUCAAAGAAAAUUGAUGACGAAUAUAAAGCGCAAUCAGAUUUAUCUAUUGUCCCUUAUAUCGAUCCAAAAAGAUUAAGUACAAGAUCUUAUCCUUUAAAUAAUAAGAGCAACGUAUAUAGUAUUGGCGUUCUUUUAUGGGAGAUAUCAAAAGGUCAACCGCCCUUUUAUUCUGAAAGUGAAUCAUAUGAUAACGAUUUGGCCAAGAAAAUUUUACAGGGACUCAGAGAAAAAAUUGUCCCCGAUACUCCUGUUGAUUAUGCUAAGCUUUAUACCGAAUGUUGGGACGAUGAACCAGACAAUCGACCAUCUAUACAUGGGGUUGUUGAAAGAUUAAAAUCAAUGAUUUCACAAUCAAGUACGACGCUUUAUCAAAAUGAAGAUUUUAAUUUAACGAGUACAAAAUCUACAGAAUAUAAUACAGAAUCUACGUCAUCAACUAAUAAUGAACAAAUUAUUAAUCAAAAUAUUUUACAUGAAAGUGAAUUAAGCUUGAAUAUGAAAGAAUUAGAAUCUACAACAUCAACAAUUACGAAUGAUUUAAGUAUGGAAGUUGAUGGAAUUACAAAUUUUAUUUUUGAAACAACAAAUAAAAUAAAUGAUGUGAAUGAAAAAACGGCAAGAAAACAAUAUAUUCUUGAUUAUUUUAAUAAUAAUAAUAUAAAAUCAAAGGAAAUUUAUUAUUGGUUAUUAAAAAAUCAAAAUAAUAAUAAUAAUAAUAUGAAUUCUAUCUUCUUACUCGGAUAUUUUUAUUAUUAUGGAAUUGAAACUGAUGAAAAUUAUGAUAAAGCAUUCAAUUUUUUCGUUAAAGCAUCAAAACAAAAUCAUAUUUUGGCUCAAUAUUUUGUUGGUAAAUGUUAUCAAAAUGGUUAUGGAAUUAUAAAAAAUGAAAAUUUGGCUUUUCAAUAUUUUGAAAAAUUAGCUAAUGAUAAUUAUGCAAUAGGACAAUUAGAUGUUGGUUAUUGUUAUAAUUUAGGAAUAGGAAUUAAAGUAGAUUUAAAGAAAGCUAUUUAUUGGUAUGAAAAAUCUUCAAAUAAUGGAAAUAUUGUAGCUAUAUACAAACUUGGUCAAAAGUAUAUAAAUGGUAUGGGCGUUAAAAAAGAUUAUGAAAAAGCUUUUGAAUUAUUCAAGAAAUCAGCUGAAGAAGGUUAUUUAGAUGGAAUUGUUAUGUUAGGAGCUUGUUGUAGUGGUGGUAUUGGAACUAAUGUUGAUUGGAAGAAAGCAAUUGAAUCAUAUCAAAAAGCUGCAAAUUUAGGAAGUAUGAUUGCUCAAUAUAAUUUAGCUAAUAUGUAUAAAAAUGGUGAAGGAAUUGAAAAAGAUAUAAGUAAAGCAAUUUAUUGGUUUAAAAUAUCUGCUGAAAAAGGUUAUUCAAAUUCUCAAAAACAAUUGGAAAAAUUAAUGAAAAAUGAAUAA